AGCGACGGGGGCUGUAUGGAGACGAAAGGGACGCGGCAGGCAGUGAGAUGGGUGUGGGCGAGGUGGACCAAGGGAGGGACACAGACAUUCAGCACAAUCCGAGGCUCAGGGAUGUGGGACAGCGGAGGAGAGGGCAUGGUUGUGAAGAGGUGAGCCAGCAGAGCAGAGGGAGAGGGGGCGUUGAUGCUGCAGGUGUGGCUGUGGAGACUUCUGGAGGGCGACGGGUGGGAGGAGGAGGUGGAGAGAGAGAACGACAGAGGGAUGUGGUUCGGCAGGUUCGGCGCGACAUGGCUCGGUUGGAGGCUCGGAUUCCGUGGCUCGGGGUCAGUCCUUCUCUUCCUUUGUGCAAGUCCUUCUCUUCCUUUGUGCAAGUCCUUCUCUUCCUUUGUGCAAGUCCUUCUCUUCCUUUGUGCAAGUCUUUCUCUUUUGUUGUGCCUUUGCCGAGUCCAUGCGUAAGCCUGGACUCGUUGCUCUCGCUUUUUACCUGUUAA